GAAAACACAAAUAAUAGAAUUAUUUAUUUCGACCAUCAGAUCUCAGUUUCGUGUUUGCUCUGCCCAUCAUCCGUCUCAUCUUUUUCUCCAACUGCCCUCCGCCCUUUCUCGCGCUCUCGGAUUGGAAAACAAAUCAGCAAAAAAGGUUAAAUAUGGGUAAGGAAAACAACGUUGACAUGGAGGAGGGAACUCUGGAGAUUGGAAUGGAAUAUAGAACUGUCUCUGGAGUUGCUGGUCCUCUGGUUAUUCUUGACAAAGUCAAGGGACCCAAGUACCAGGAAAUUGUCAACAUUCGCUUAGGAGACGGAACAACCCGUCGUGGACAAGUUUUGGAGGUUGAUGGCGAGAAAGCUGUGGUUCAGGUUUUUGAAGGGACUUCUGGAAUUGACAACAAAUAUACUACUGUCCAGUUUACAGGGGAGGUUUUAAAGACGCCUGUCUCAUUGGACAUGCUUGGUCGUAUUUUUAAUGGUUCAGGGAAACCUAUUGACAAUGGGCCUCCUAUUCUUCCUGAGGCUUACUUGGAUAUAUCUGGGAGUUCAAUUAAUCCUAGUGAGAGAACCUAUCCUGAAGAAAUGAUACAGACAGGAAUUUCCACUAUUGAUGUCAUGAACUCGAUUGCCCGAGGACAGAAAAUUCCUCUGUUUUCUGCUGCUGGUCUUCCCCACAAUGAAAUAGCUGCUCAGAUAUGUCGUCAGGCUGGUUUGGUGAAACGGUUGGAGCAAACUGACAAUCUUCUUCAGGAUGGUGAAGAGGACAAUUUUGCUAUCGUCUUUGCAGCUAUGGGAGUCAACAUGGAGACAGCUCAGUUCUUCAAACGUGAUUUUGAGGAAAAUGGAUCUAUGGAGAGAGUGACCCUUUUCCUGAACUUGGCCAAUGAUCCAACAAUUGAACGUAUCAUUACUCCUCGUAUUGCUCUGACUACUGCAGAAUAUUUAGCAUAUGAAUGCGGGAAGCAUGUCCUUGUCAUAUUGACAGAUAUGAGUUCUUACGCUGAUGCUCUUCGUGAGGUGUCUGCUGCUCGGGAGGAAGUGCCUGGAAGACGUGGAUAUCCUGGUUACAUGUACACUGAUCUGGCAACCAUCUAUGAACGAGCUGGACGUAUUGAAGGGCGAAAGGGAUCUAUCACCCAAAUUCCUAUUUUAACCAUGCCUAAUGAUGAUAUUACACAUCCAACUCCAGAUUUGACUGGUUAUAUUACCGAAGGGCAGAUAUAUGUUGACAGACAACUUCAGAAUAGACAGAUAUACCCUCCAAUCAAUGUGCUGCCAUCCUUGUCUCGUCUAAUGAAGAGUGCCAUUGGUGAGGGCAUGACUCGUAGGGAUCACUCCGAUGUGUCUAACCAGCUAUAUGCCAACUAUGCCAUUGGGAAGGAUGUUCAGGCAAUGAAAGCUGUGGUUGGAGAAGAAGCUCUUUCCUCAGAAGAUCUGCUAUAUCUAGAGUUCCUGGAUAAAUUUGAGAGGAAAUUCGUUGCACAAGGGGCAUAUGACACCCGUAACAUCUUCCAGUCACUCGAUCUAGCAUGGACACUGCUCCGAAUCUUUCCAAGGGAACUUCUUCAUCGUAUUCCAGCAAAGACACUCGACCAAUUCUACAGCAGGGAUGCAUCUAAUUAAUGGGAAAGAGACAUGCUCUUGGAUCGGGUCUGUGUUUUUGUUUUUUUAAUUGCGCUUUGUGAUAUAUUGUUUGAUGUGUAUUUGGUUGGUUGGUUUAUCUCUAUCUGGUUAUAAAUUAAUAAGCCUUGAGAUAUUUGAUGAGCCCACGGAAGCCAAGGCUCUUCGGCAGGAAAAAGAAAACAUCCUUAUUCUUUCAGAAAAAAAAAGGAACCAGAUAGAUCAUGUGAUUCGUUUAAAUUAUUGCCUCGUUCUAGAUAAGUUGACCGUUUGGCUUCUUAAAUUUGAACAUUUUGUGGUUCGACGACAUUUUGUAGCCAUCGUCAUGCAUUUCCAUUGUUUUCUCAUGUUAAGAGGUUAAGCCAUUGUUUUGAUCGAACUUUAUGUUGCUGGACAACUUAUUUUUCUGUAUUAUUAUUAUUAAAUAAAUAAAUAAGAGUUGUUUCUGGC